AUGGCCUCCCGCCGCCUCCUAACCCUCCUCCCCCGAGCCGCCGCCCUCCCCUCCCCAGCAACCCGUCCCAUUAUCGCGACGACGAGAUUGAUCAAUUCCCGUCAAUACCACGACUCCCAAACCCAAACCCUCCAAGGCCCCCUCUACAAACACCUCACAACCACCUCCAAACCCUCCCCCACCCUCCAAAAAAGAGCCUAUUCCUCCGACCCACCAGCCGACGACAACCACCCCUCCAAAAUCUACGACUUCUCCUCCCUCCAGAAACUAAUCUCAAACCCGUCGCCCAAAGUGACAAUAAUCGACUCCCGCGAACCAGGCGAACUCCAACAAACAGGCCACAUCCCCUCAGCAAUCAACAUCCCCGUCACCACCUCCCCCGACUCAUUCUUCAUCUCCCCCGAAGAAUUCGAAGACCGGUUCGGGUUCCCCCGUCCCGCCAAAGACCAGGAACUUAUCUUUUAUUGCAAGGCUGGGGUCCGGAGUCGAGCGGCGGCUCAGCUCGCCAAGCAGGCUGGGUGGGAGAAGGUGGGGGAGUAUCCGGGUAGUUGGUUGGAUUGGUUUGAGAAGGGGGGUGCGGUUGAGAGAUCAUGA